AGCCGCUGCGCGCGCUCUCCGCCCACAUCCGCGUAAAAACGGACCAGGCGGGUAUCGCGAUAGUUUCCCUCAGCUUUCCGCUCUAUCGCCGCGUUCCUUCCGUCCCUAGUCCCUCCCCGCGCUGCGCGCGCUCUCCGUCCACAGCGCGUGACGCGGACCCUACUUGUCUCCCGGGUCUCUCGGGUACCCCCACUCAGGUGUUUCUCAGGCGCCCAUCUCAGGUGUCUCUCAGGCGCCCCCUCUCAGGUAUUUUCUCAGGGGGUCCCUCUCAGGCUUCUCUCAGCUGUCCCUUUCAGCUGCCCCUCUCAGGUGUCUCUCAGGUUCCCCUCUCAGGUGCCCAUCCCAGGUGUCUCUCCAAUGUCUCUCAGGUGCUUGCUUAG